CCCACGGGUUCGUCCUCGUUGAACUGCCAGCGAGGCUCAACUCAAGAUGGUGCGCGGUCCCAAGAAGCACCUCAAGCGGCUUAAUGCCCCCUACCACUGGAUGCUUGACAAGCUGAGCGGCAUCUUCGCUCCCAAGCCGUCCGCUGGUCCCCACAAGCAGCGGGAGUGCCUGCCCCUGCUGCUCAUUCUGAGGAACAGGCUGAAGUAUGCCCUGACCGGCAAGGAGGUGCAGUCCAUCCUCAUGCAGCGCCUGGUGAAGGUGGACGGCAAGGUCCGCACCGACCACACCUACCCCACUGGCUUCAUGGACGUCAUCAGCCUGGAGAAGACCAACGAGAACUUCCGGCUGGUGUACGACACCAAGGGCCGCUUUGUCGUGCACCGCAUCAGCAACGAGGAGGCUGCCUACAAGCUGUGCAGGGUGCGCAAGGUGCAGUUCGGCAAGGGCGGUGUCCCGUACGUGGUCACCCACGACGGCCGCACCAUCCGCUACCCUGACCCCGAGGUCAAGGCCAACGACUCCAUCAUGCUGGACCUUGAGACCGGCAAGAUCAAGGAGUUCGUGAAGAACGACGUUGGCUCCCUGGUGAUGGUGACCGGCGGCCACAACGCCGGCCGUGUCGGCAAGAUCGUGCACAAGGAGAAGCACAAGGGCUCCUUCGAGAUUGUGCACAUUGAGGACGCUGCUGGCAACCGCUUCGCCACCCGCCUGACCAACAUUUUCGUGAUUGGCAAGGAGGGCAAGCCCCUCAUCAGCCUGCCCAAGGGCAAGGGUGUCCGCCUCACCAUUAUCCAGGAGCAGAAGAAGCGCUACGAGGCCGCCUCGGCGUAAAGUGGCGUCUGCUGCCUCGGCAUGUGUGAGCGAGGGUGUUGCAACACUGCUCUUAGCUAGCUCUAUGCCGGUUGUACGGUGGGAGAUGGUGUGGGCCUACCAUCCCUUGCUGAAGCCGGCUACGUUGGCUGUGGUGGAGCAGUGGCUGUAACCAUGGCGUAUGCGGCAUGAAAGAGCGGUCCAGGGGGGGGGGUGGAGGAAGAGAGAGCAAGGACUCCUUGGAGUUUACGUCGUUGCACAGAGGCGCGUGUGUAAUCACGGAAAAGCAAAUGCUGUCGUUUCGGGGUGGAAGUUGCACUUGGCACAAGCACCCAUGACAGCUAAGUAAGAAUGCAC